AUGCAUACUACUCCCCCAGACGCGAUGCCAAAAGCACGACCGACACAUUGUCCCACAAACCCUGACGUGGCCGUCAUCACUAAUGCCACCGUACCGACCGAGGAUCGAGACCGCAACGAUCCGCUUGGCAAGCCCAAAGAUCAGAGCUCGCAGGAUGAUCUUGAACAAGGGCUUGCACAGGCGGGAGACGGAGAGAAACAGGUCGCCGAGCCCGCCAUGCCCAGGCAAUCGGCUGACGAUAGAGGCUCUGCUUUCAAGGCUUUAGGCUGGCUUGACAGGCUCCUAGCUCUCUGGAUCUUUCUUGCCAUGGCCGUUGGCAUAAUUCUAGGCAAUUUUGUCCCUGACGUAGGUCCGGCUCUACAAAAAGGCAAAUUCACUGAUGUGUCAAUUCCUAUCGCCGUCGGCCUACUCGUCAUGAUGUACCCAAUUCUCUGCAAGGUGCGCUUUGAGUCGUUGCACCAGGUUUUCGCACACCGCGAAAUCUGGAGGCAAAUCGCCUUCAGUGUAUUCAUCAACUGGAUUGUUGCCCCCUUUCUCAUGCUUGGCCUAGCUUGGGCUUUUCUUCCAGAUGAGGAUGGACUUAGAGAAGGUCUGAUUCUUGUUGGGCUUGCAAGAUGUAUUGCCAUGGUCUUGAUAUGGAAUGCGCUCGCUGGCGGUGACGCCGAAUACUGUGCCAUUCUCGUUGCCAUCAACUCGAUCCUCCAAAUGGUCCUUUAUGCGCCAAUGGCCAUCUUCUUCAUCAGCAUAAUUAGUGGCGACUCGGCGGCCCAGGAAAUUUCUUACUCGACAGUUGCCACAAGCGUUGCCGUAUUCCUCGGCAUCCCCCUCGGCGCGGCCAUUAUCACUCGAUUUCUGGUUCGUCGACUAGCCAGCCCACGAUGGUUUGAUGUCGUUUUCAUGCGCUUUCUUUCGCCGUGGUCGCUUAUCGGUCUUCUGUACACGAUUCUUAUCUUGUUCGCCUCUCAGGGUCGUCAAGUCGUGCAGCAAAUUGUAUCAGUCGCUCGCGUUGCUGCACCACUGAUCGUAUACUUCACCGUCAUUUUCUUCCUCACCCUUUGGCUAUCGCGUCGCGCUGGUUUCAACUACUCGCUCUCAGCGACACAGAGUUUCACGGCUGCUAGUAACAAUUUCGAGUUAGCCAUUGCUGUGGCCGUUGCAUCCUUUGGACCGGAUAGCCAGCAAGCUCUUGCUUCUACUGUUGGGCCCUUAAUUGAGGUUCCAGUCCUGAUCGGGCUCGUGUACCUGGUCCGUUUGGUAGCUAAACGGUGGCACUUUACGGCAUAA